AUGAUAAAUAAUAAUAAUAAUAAUAAUAAUAAUAAUAAUAAUAAUAAUAAUAAUAAUAAUAAUAAUAAUAAUAAUAAUAAUAAUAAUAAUAAUAAUAAUAAUAAUAAUAAUAAUAAUAAUAAUAAUAAUAAUAAUAAUAAUAUAAUAAUAAUAAUAAUAAUAAUAAUAAUAAUAAUAAAAGUGGUAUUUCUACUUCUUUCGAUGUUUCAUAUUCCAAAAGCUUAUGUAAGCAAACGGAAAUUUCAUUGCGCAUACUUCAAUUAUGGCGUGUCGUCGUCUUUCAUUAAUCUAAUUUUCUUUUAUUCUUCAUUUCUAAACUAUGUACAUAGCUCAGUAAUUCACAAUGACACUAUAUCGCUGUAUACUUAG